AUGGAUGCAACUACCCCGUUACUAAAUGUUGCGAGUAGCCAUUCUACUCGCAACCCAAAAUAUACUGGAUGGAGGGCUGCAAUGUAUGAUUUAGAGUACAUUUUGAAAGCAUCCCCUUUGAAUUUUCUAUUAGUGUUCGUUCCCUUAGGGUUAGUGUGGGGACAUUUCCAGUUAGCUCAUACAUGGACAUUUGUUUUCAACUUCUUGGCAAUCAUUCCAUUAGCAGCUAUUUUGGCUAAUGCUACUGAAGAGUUAGCUUCUAAGGCCGGUAACACGAUCGGGGGGCUUUUGAAUGCUACUUUCGGUAACGCCGUGGAAUUGAUUGUUUCUGUCAUUGCCCUGAAGAACGGCCAAGUAAGAAUUGUGCAAGCUUCUAUGUUGGGUAGUCUUUUAUCCAAUCUGCUACUGGUCCUUGGGUUCUGCUUUAUCUUUGGUGGGUACAAUAGAGUACAGCAAAGAUUCAACCAGACUGCUGCUCAAACGAUGUCGUCCUUGCUUGCUAUUGCAUGUGCAUCUUUACUGAUUCCUGCUGCGUUCAGAGCUACUUUACCACAUGGUAAGGAAGACGCCUACAUUGAUGGUAAAAUCUUGGAGUUGUCCAGAGGUACCUCGAUUAUUAUCCUUAUCGUUUAUAUCCUAUUCCUGUAUUUCCAACUAGGUAGCCACCGUUCCUUGUUCGAACAACAAGAAGAAGAGACCGAAGAAGUUAUUAGCGUUAUUUCCAGGCAGCCACAUCACUCUUUGUCAGUGAAAUCUGCAUUGGUGACUCUCUCAAUUACAACGGUCAUCGUUUCAUUCUGUGCAGACUUUUUGGUCGGUACGAUUGACAACGUUGUUGAAUCCACCGGGUUGUCUAAGACCUUUAUUGGUUUGAUUGUCAUUCCUAUUGUGGGUAAUGCUGCGGAACAUGUUACUUCAGUGCUAGUCGCCAUGAAGGACAAGAUGGAUUUGGCACUGGGUGUUGCCAUUGGUUCCUCUCUACAAAUUGCUCUAUUCGUUACACCAUUUAUGGUCCUUGUCGGCUGGAUGAUUGACGUUCCAAUGACACUGAAUUUUUCCACUUUUGAAACUACAACGCUAUUCAUUGCUGUCUUCUUAUCGAACUACUUGAUCCUUGAUGGUGAAUCGAACUGGCUGGAAGGUGUUAUGUCUCUGGCUAUGUACAUUUUGAUUGCGAUGGCCUUCUUUUAUUAUCCAGAUGAAAAAACCCUUGACUCUAUCGGAAAGGUUUUGUAA